AUGAAAUUAACAAAAUUAACAGACGAUUGUUAUUUAGAAAUUAUCAAAAACUUUGAACAUAAUUACCACACUUUAUAUAACUGUCUUUUAGUUAACCGCUUAUUUUGUCGCAUAACAGUGCCUUUAUUAUGGGCUGACCCUUUAUAUAAUGUAUCCAAGCAUUCUAUAAAUAUCAUAUCUAUUUAUCUUUCCUAUCUUAAUGAAAAUGAAAAAUAUCAAUUGACUUCGAAUACGUAUCAAGUUGAUCUAUCAUGUAUAUUCCAAAAAACAUUAUUUGAAUAUGCUAAAUUUUUAGAGACUUAUUCUAGCUGCAAGAUAAAAAAUGUUAUCUCAUUGUGGUAUCAAUAUACUCAAGAUAUAUCUAAGCCUAGUUUAGAAAUUCCAACUUUUAUGACUAUCCAAAGCAUGUUGUUUCGAAGUUGUAAGCGAAUCAAGAAACUCAAUAUUUUAGCUGAAGAUAACUCAUCAUUUUCUUUAAUCCCUAGCUCAUGGUUCAAUUCAUCAGAAUUGAGAGAAUGCGAAUUUAAAUUUGUUGUUCCAAAUAUUCAAAACACGAAUGUAUACAAUUAUAUUAACUUAAUUUCUAUAAGAAACAAAAGAAUUCAAAUUAUUCAUAUUAUUACUUAUAACGAAGAUAUACCACCAAAUUGUCGAGAACCAUUUUUAAAUUUAAUUAGUGCUCAAACUGAACUCAAGGAACUUGUGCUAAAAUAUUAUAGUAUUACCACUUCUAGUUUUAUGCCUUUAAUGCGACGUGAAAUGCUGCAAGCAAAAUCUCAAAGCCUUAGAAAACUAAUUUUGCAAGGAAUCAAAUUUGAUAAAGAUAAUCUCGCAAAUCUUGUGCCAAACUUGGAAGUUUUAUCAAUAAAACAUUCUUUUGGAAAUCCUUUUGGAGAAGAUGAAAAUAAUUUACAAAAUCUUCAGAGACUCGAAUUAAUAGAUAAUACUUUAGAAUUAAAUAGAAUUAUACUUAAGACAAAAUGCAAAUCACUAAAAUUUUUUAUAAUAAAUGAGAAGGAAUUAAGCAAUGAAAUAAAAGAGGAAAUUAUUUUUUUGCUUAGUCAAAAUUAUCCAAACAUAACUACUUUAUGCUAUGUGACUAAUUAUCUUAUGUUCUCUUCUACACUUGAAAAAUUUCAUAGUCUUUGUCAACUUCAAAUAGGAGAAUUUGCUUAUAAAAAGUAUGGGGUUAGUUAA